UUAGGUCUCUGAGAGGUUAAUUUUUUCUCCAGAAAGCGCCACAACAGUGGAGGGGUGAAAUAAAAGUCCAGCAAUCCAGUGAGAGACAGAGCAACGAAAGAAGCCACUUCCACCAGACUGAGCAGAGAAAGAACAGACAAAUUAAUCUGGCAAGAUGACCUCACAGAUCCACAUGCCAGGCCCCUUGUGCCUCAUUGAAAACAUUAAUGGGCAACUGAUGGUGAAUCAGGAAGCCUUGAAGAUCCUGUCUGCCAUUAAGCAGCCUGUGGUGGUGGUGGCGAUUGUUGGCCUCUACCGCACGGGCAAGUCCUACCUGAUGAACAAGCUGGCUGGGAAGAAAAAGGGCUUCUCUCUGGGUUCCACAGUGCAGUCUCACACCAAGGGCAUCUGGAUGUGGUGUGUGCCACACCCCAAGAAAUCAGACUGCACCCUGGUUCUGCUUGACACCGAAGGCCUGGGAGAUGUAGAGAAGGGCGACAACCAGAAUGACUCCUGGAUCUUCGCCCUGGCAAUCCUCCUGAGUAGCACCAUCGUUUACAAUAGUAUGGGGACCAUCAACCAACAGGCCAUGGACCAACUGCACUAUGUGACUGAACUGACAGAUCGCAUCAGAUCGAAAGCCUCACCUGAAGCAAGUGAGGUUGAGGACUCAGCUGAGUUUGUGAGUUUCUUCCCAGACUUUGUGUGGACACUGAGAGAUUUUUCCCUGGACUUGGAAGUAGAUGGACAAGUCAUCACAGCUGACCAAUACCUGGAGAAUUCACUAAAGCUGAAGCAUGGUACUGGUGAAAAAAUUAAAAAUUUUAAUCUACCACGAUUCUGUAUCCGGACAUUCUUCCCCAAGAAGAAAUGCUUUGUCUUCGACAGACCCACCCACAGGAAGAGGCUUGGCCAACUUGAGACACUACAUGAUGAUGAAUUAGAUCCUGAAUUUGUGAGACAAGUGACAGAGUUCUGUGCUUAUAUCUUCGACUAUUCCAAGAUUAAAACUCUCUCAGGAGGCAUCAAGAUCGAUGGCCCUCGUCUAGAGAACCUGGUACUGACAUACGUCAAUGCCAUCAGCAGUGGAGAUCUGCCCUGCAUGGAGAACGCAGUGUUGGCCUUGGCCCAGAUAGAGAACUCAGCUGCAGUGCAAAAGGCCAUUGCCCACUAUGACCAGCAGAUGAGCCAGAAGGUGAAGCUGCCCACAGACACCCUCCAGGAGCUGCUGGACCUGCACAGGAUCACUGAGAGAGAAGCCAUUGAUGUCUUCAUAAAGAAUUCCUUCAAAGAUGUUGACCAUUUAUUUCAGAAAGAUUUAGCGGCCCAGCUAGAAAAGAGGCAGAAUGACUUUGUAAAUCAAAAUAUGAAAGCAUCAUCAGAUCGCUGCUCAGCAUUGCUUCAGGAUAUUUUCCAACCACUAGAAGAAAGUAUGAAGCAAGGAGUCUUUUCUAAGCCGAGGGGCUAUCGUCUUUUGAUUCAGAAGAUCCAAGACCUGAAAGAACAAUACUAUCAGGAACCAGGGAAGGGGACACAGGCUGAAGAGACACUGCAAAAGUACCUGAAGUCCAAGGAAUCUGCUAUUGAUGCAAUUCUCCAGACAGACCAGACCCUCACAGAAAAAGAAAAGGAAAUAGAAGUGGAACGUGUGAAAGCUGAGGCUGCAGAGGCUAACGCAAAAAUGUUGGAGGAGAUGCAGAAUCAGACUCAGCAGUUGAUGGAACAGAAAGAGAAGAGUUAUCAAGAACAUGUGAAACAGUUGACUGAAAAGAUGGAGAAGGACCGAAUCCAGAUGCAGCAAGAGCAGGAAAGGACUCUUGCCCUCAAACUUAAGGAACAAGAGCAACUAAUGAAGGAAGGAUUCCAAAAGGAGAGCAGAUUACUUAAUGAUCAGAUACAGAGUCUUCGCCAGCAGAUGCAAAAGCCAAAGUCAGGCUGUGUUAUCAUCUAAGGACUUUGAGGAUCAAUCUUUCCUAUGACUGUUACCCACUGCAUUCCUGAAGCCUUUAGACAUUUAGAACAAAUGUUGCUUCAUUUCACAGGUGUUACUAGGCCUUGAAGCAGAACACCAAAAACAAACAUAUGCAAGUAUGAUCAUUGAAAUCAUAUUCUUCUUCCAAAAAAUAUAGUAAAUUGUUUAACAAAGAAUGAUUUUACCUCACCAACAAUACAGGAGGAAUUUUGAGUAUAACUCAGGAGAAAUAUAUCAUUCCAGUUGAAAAUAAAUAGAUAACGCUUACUUAUAUUUGAGCAAAGUCUCAGGUAAAAGUCUUGGGUGAAAUUAGACAUCAGUUUGGACAACUUUAUCAUUGUCCCAGAGUAAAGGAUUGUUCUCUUAUUUCCUUGUGAAGAUAAUGUAUAAUGUUUGAGCAAUAAGGUAUUCUCCAGGCAGGGCAGUGCAUAAUCAACACUGAUGGAUUCCAUGUCAAAGUGAAUACUUUAUAUGUGCUCCAGAAUCUCAGUAUAAUCGCCAUAGCAAGAUGGAGAAAUCAUCAACAUGAAAGGGAAUUGGGUCACAUAAGAUAACAAAGUAACUUUCCCUUGCUCUGCUCAUCCAAACUGUAACUUGUCUCUCUUUCUCUUUGUAUUCUUUCAAGUAAAAUGAAUAAGUUUUAAAAAAAAAAAAGAAUGAAGCAGUUCAUAUUAGUAGGCAAAAGAAUAACCUUUGAAAAAAUUCACAGUGAUUUCCAAAAAGCUCUUCAAUCUAAUACAUGAAUUUAGUUAUACAUAAAGGUGUGAAGUUGGGCCCAGCUCAAUGGCUCAAUGGUUAAAUCCUCACCUUGCAUGGGCCAGGAUCACUAAUGGGUGC